UUUUUGGGGAAACAAAAUCCCAAUACUAUUAUUUUUCCUCAUCAAAAAAACUUCAGGUGGCUACGAUUUCAGUGAGAUUUUUAGACUGUUGUUGCCUCUGAUCUCUUUGAUUGCAAACAGAACAGGUUUCGAAACUAGCUAUGGAAAAGGAAGAGGUUUCGAAGCUAUGGAGUAUUUACAAAAAGUUCAAACCUCACCUACUUAUGUUUUCAGCUCAGUUGGGAUACACUGUCCUGUAUUUCAUCACAGAAGCUUCAUUCAACCAUGGAAUGAAUCCUCAUGUCUAUGUAACUUACCGACACAUACUCGGUGGCAUUUUAAUUCUCCCUUUUGCCUAUUUCCUUGAGAGAAAACAAAGGCCAAAGCUCACAGUCGCUCUCCUUUUGGAAAUUUUUAUUCUCUCUCUGUUUGGGGUAGGUUUGACUCUAAACACAUAUUUUGCAAGUUUGAAAUACACAUCUCCAACCUUUGUUGCCUCCAUGGUGAACACCAUAGCUUCCCUUACAUUUGUGAUUGCAGUUACAAUCAGAUUGGAAGAUCUUGAUCUUCGAAAUCCUCGUGGGAUAGCGAAAGUUGCAGGAACCUUGGUCUCAUUAGCCGGAGUAAUGAUGAUGACAUUGUACAAAGGGCAAAUCAUGAGAAGUCUAGGACAUCCCCUAAUUCAUAUUCCAGGAAAAACAUCCAUCCAUAAGGACUCCUGGUUAAAGGGUUCAAUUCUUACAGUUUCAAGUUGCAUAACAUGGUCUAUAUUUUAUAUUAUGCAGGCACUUACACUGAAAAGAUACCCUGCUCAACUGUCUCUGACUGCGUGGAUGUCCUUUGUUGGGGGCGCACAAUCAGCUGUGUUUACAGUGAUUACACAACAUAAAAGAGAGGCUUGGAUCAUUGGAUUCAACAUUGAUUUGUGGUCCACAAUUUAUGGAGGUGUAGUUUGCUCUAGCAUUAUAAUCUUCAUCCAACUCUGGUGCACUGUAGAGAAAGGACCUGUUUUUGUGACAGUGUUCAAUCCCAUUUCUACGAUAUUGGUGGCGAUUCUAGCGUACUUCAUCUUUGGCGAAAAACUGUCCACUGGCAGCGUAAUAGGGGCGAUUAUCGUUAUCGUGGGGCUGUAUCUGCUAUUGUGGGGAAAAGAAGGUGAUGCAAAAGUUCACAUAAAGCCAGAAGACCAAUCAUCUGUUAGUCAUGAAGAUAACAAGACAGUGAAGAUUAGCUCUGCUGAGAAAAAUGUAUAUGUAUUAAAUUGUGAACCUUAAAUUACAAAAAUCCUAUGUAACAUAUAUGUGAAAAGAGAAAUGAUAAUAAAAUGCAAGCUUAAUGAA